AUGGACAUGCCCGUCGCCUUAGACUUCGACCCGGAGGUACUGUCCGGAUUCCGGGAGGCUCUAGAGGGCACGCCGCCGUCGUCGGAGCCUGCCGUUGUCUCGUCCGCCGAAGACGAGACACCCAGGGAGCAGGAGCGGAAGGACAGGAAGGACGCGGACGCAUGUGACAUGCCAAUGUCGCCGGCCACCGGCGACAUGCCGGAGCUUUCCGGCCUUGUCCGUGCCCGCAUCCUCGUGUUCCAAGAGAAGAUCGAACGGAGACGAAGCAAGGGCCACGACGCCAAGACGUUCGUGGACUGCUACGCCGUGCGCAGCAUCCUGCGCAGCUACGGCGUGUGCCUAGACGAGCGCGACGUCUCCAUGCACGCCGUCUUCAAGGCCGAGCUCGCGGAGCUCCUCGGGCCCGGCUUCGCAGGCGCCGCGCUCCCGCGCGUGUUCGCCGACGGCCAGUACCUCGGCGGCGCCGAGGACGUGCACUUCCUGCACGAGGCGGGCGAGCUCGGGCACGCCCUGGGGGCGUGCGAGGCCACGCCCUCGCGGAAGCUCGGGUACAUGGAGACGUGCGCCGCCUGCGGCGAUGUCCGGUUCGUGCCGUGCGAGACGUGCUACGGCAGCUGCAAGAUCUUCGUCGAGGAGGACGACGCGGGCGACAGGUAUCACGACGUCGGCGAGUUCCGGCGGUGUCCCGAUUGUAAUGAGAAUGGCCUCGUCAGAUGCCCCGUUUGUUGCUGCUGA